CGACACCAGACCCGAAGCGGCAAGUCUUGGCAGGGCUUUCACCCUAAUUUUCAGCUUAGCGAGGCGUUAGCACCCGACUGCACUGGGCGGCCAACCUCAGCGCGAAAUUUUGAGAUCGAAUUCGACCCGUCACGACAACUCGAGCGCCAGCGGCCUUACGAAACCGACAAGAUGGUCCUCGCAAAGAAGCACGUCCCCAUCGUCAAGAAGCGUAUGUCAAAAUCUUGCCUUCCUGUUUUCCAGUCCAGCACAUCCACCACAGCCCAGGUCCCAUGUAUAGCAAGAGUGUCAGGGAAAGGAGGAAUUCAGGAGGUUUCGCACGAAAUUUUUCGAUGAAAAACGGAGAAUGAUAUCACUGUUCGAAGGGGGAAAAAAGUCAAGGGAUUCGAGAACGACUUGGCAAUCUCACGAAACACUUGGGAGAUAUACAUCGGGACUUCUGGGACACAAUCUAUCACAUAUACACACUCGGGUUAUUGAAAAUAUCGGGGAAAACUGACAAGGAUUGCAAUAUACAGGCACCAAGACCUUCAAGCGCCAC